AUGCAAAAAGACCAGGAUGCGGACAGGUCUUCAAUUUAUUCAGGCCGUUCUGACGGUAAACAAGCUUCAACGUCUGCCAUUAAGUUGAGGGCUAAUUUAUUGGUCAACAAACCUCCAAGGCAGUGGGUAUUAGACCGUACGGUAAAAGAAUGGAACGAAGAUAUUUUUCCGGAUGCAGCUUUAUUCAGGGGGUAUGACGAGUUACUCUGGGGUUACUUCAUUAUUGCUGUGUACAAGGAUCCAGCUUCUGGGAAGCUGAGCAGCCUGAUUGUCGAUAAACUGGGUACAACUCACUUCAAUCCGGUAGACAUAUCCAGCCAGUCACGUUUCCAUCCUGCCAUAGAGAACCUCUCUGCUCCAAAUGCUCAAUCUAGUGUGAGGAAGUGCAUAGCGGUCUCUCUUCUGCAAAAAUGUGCCGAACUGAGCCCUGAAAUGAUGACAAAGCUGCAGACUAGUAUGAAGUAUGAUUAUGAUCCCACUGCCGCUGGUGAUCUUGCCAACGCCUGUGAGCUAAUCGGUUUCUGCUCACCGAGAGACUUAGGUAAAAGCUUAACUUGCCUAGGUUUCUUGCAAGAUCGAUCUGUGGGCUCACUAUUAUUAGAUGUGGUAUAUGAGCACAGCCAGGAUACCAUUGAUUCCAAUAAUGAACUAGUGCUGCAACUUGGAGAUCAACUGGAGCAACUUUUUGAUCCAUUGGCAGAAUACUCACCAGAACAGACAGAGUUUAUUUACACCCCUCCAGAGGAUGAUAAUUCUCUUGCGAAGGAUGACCCACUGACGUCGUCGAUAUGCAACGAAUUGUUAAGCGUUCAAAACAACUUCACCUUGACGUUAGUGGAGUUUUUGCAAAAUUUUUUGAUACCUUUGCGAAUAGAAGUGUCUAAUGAUGAGGUGAUGGGGCUCUCGACUUCCAAGCUCAACCGUUUAUUUCCUCCCACGAUAGAUGAGGUUACAAGGAUUAACUGCAUUUUUUUAGAUGCUCUAAAAAUGUCCAAGGCAUAUGGUUCAGAAGAAGUCUUAAAAGCUUGCAGCGUAACAAUCCCCUAUUUCUACAAGGCCUACACGAGGCACGAGGCAGCAACGAAGAACUUUUCCAAGGACAUAAAGCUUUUCAUGGCCAAAUUCCGAGGUGUACUACCUCGGCGAGAAGUCUAUUCAGAAAUGAAGAUAGAUAUGAUUCUCAAAAGCCCCCAAGAGAUAUUAUUAAAGUUGAAGCUCGUCCUUGAGAGACUCAAAUCUAAUAUGAGUUAUGAAAAAGAAAAGGAGCAUUUGGUAACUGCCAGAUUCUCAAGAAUUUUUGAGAUUAUCAGCUCUUUCGGAGCUGAUGAACGUCUCAUUAAGUCUUAUAGUACCAGAGUCUUCACUCCUUCGGGAAAGCUCCUUACUGAACUGGCCAAAGGCUGGCCAUUAGAACUACAGUACAGGUGGUUAAAAAGAAGGGUCGUUGGGGUCUUCGAUGUAGUUGAUCCUAACGAUAAUUGCCAGAGAAGUUUGUUGGUUAUUUUCAGUGAUUACAUUGUGCUUCUCACUGUCAUUGAGAAUGAUGACUACUUCGACAGCCUAGUGGGCCAAAGACCACUGUUGUCCAGCAUUUUGAUGAACUCUCUGAUCAACGAAGUUCCCCUGCCACCUAAGGUACCUAAGCUGCAGGUAGCGGAUUAUUUUCACAUCAACAGUGUGAUGGCCUCCACGUUUGAGAAGGAUAUCAUUCGUAUUGACUGCGUCGACCCGAGCCGACCUAGAGCUGUUGCGUUACAGAUUUGCUCAUCCUCAACCCAUAGCUCGGAAGUGGUUGAUCUUAUUGUGAAAGCAAAGAUUUUAGAGAAGGACACAGCAUUCCACCUUUUUCGCUUCAUGGAUGGCGGUCUACAAAUUUUUUCGACAGCCCAUGAAUUGAGUGCGUACUCUACGGAGAACAUAAGAUCUAAAUUUUGCUUAUUCCUCAAUGUUUCUCCUACAGUAAGCUUUCUGGCCGACUUCAAUCUUGCAGUAGCGUUUUUCGCCGCUGUGAACAGCAAAGGUGAUGUACACAUCACCCAGCUCACCUGUGAAGGGAUAACCUCAGAGUUUACCAUUGACAUAUGCCACUUGGCAAGCUUUAUUGUCCAACAGUUUCAAUCUCUUUAUCCGAAGUACUACUCGGGACCUCAAUCCCCGUAUUUUCCUCAACUGCUCACCAUCAAUGGUAUGCUAGCAAAGCGAGCUGGCCGACAAUUUAGUGGAGGCUCUGCAUUUGACUCUUCCUCUCGGGCCACGGGAACGUCACCAUCGGUAUCCUCUCGAUUGAAUUUUUCGCGUUCACGAUCACAAAACACCAUAAGAACAUUUAGAAGCUCUACUAAUGGCGUUGAACAAGCGAACAAUGCGAUGCUUGAAAGUUCAGCAAUCCAGCCAAGUAAAAUUACAGAAGUUGUUGGUCCGAAGGCGUUAAGCAAAGCCCCAAAGUCAAAGAAAAAAAGACGAAGUUUUUUCGGUAAGUUCUCGAACCUUUUCAGGAAACACAAAGUUGAUAACCACACGGUCACAGUUCCGAAAUCGCCACCGUCUUAUCAAAGCUCAAAGCUAGUCCACAAUAAAGCAGAACCACUACCAAGAAGAAGCUCCAAGCGAGUGGACUCUACGCUCCAUAUUCCUCUCAAUGCUAGUCUCCAAAACAACAAGAGGCGAUCUUCAAUAACUUCUCAAGACAUGCAGGAAGCAAAGAGUCUUUCAGCGGCCAAAAAGCACGAAAGCAGGGCACUACCUUCCUAUGCUGAUCAUACCGCAGUUGAAGACAAUGCAGCUAGGUCGCAUUUGCAAACAAUUGCUAAAAAUGGCCCAAUAUUAGAUGAGAAUAAUAGCUCUAGCAAACAAAGUCCAGAGGAGCGCCAAAGCCUUUUGUACCAUGACGACUUAUAUGGUGACAUGUUUGAUUCCGAGCGGCAAGAUCUUGAUCAAGGGAAUUUGAGUCAAGGUUUUGGUCAAGACAAUGGUCGAUCAAUUGAAGUACCCGUUCCGACUAAAUUUGACGUUGUUUGCAAUGAUAGUAGUACGACAAAAUACACUGACGUGGCCGAUUCAAAUACAGAAUCAUUAAGGCAGCCAAAUUGCGAGGCCAGUGAAUGCAGCAAGAAAAGGGAGACUAAUGAUUUAGAUGACAGUGAAAAGCUCCAUAGCUACAGCUCGCCAAAUAUCUCUCAUAAACUUGGAAUUUUUCCUCGUGUAGAAAGAAUGGCCAUACAAAAGACCACUUUUGAAAAAUCGCCAUCAUUUCGUGAGCUUUUUGGACAGAUGCGACUUGUCUUGGAUGAAAAUGACGAGCGAGUUAAUUGGAAACGACUUCCUAGUCAAACAUCAUUGAAGACUAAGAAUGAGAGUUCUGGAAUCCACGCUUUCAAGCGUUUAGUGCCCUUAAACAGGCCAACAGUAGAUACGGGUGCCUCCUCUCGAAAGUACCAUGAAGAGCCUAAGCAAUUUGUGAGCUUACAGGAAAAUUCGCUUGGAAAUGGUGAACUGAAAUCUGAAAGCAGUCAAUUGCCCGUAGAUGCUGAAGAUGGCGCGCAGCAUGAUGAAGUAAGCAUUAAGACUAGCAUCACAAGCCUUGAUCUUAAAAAGGGGCCUAGCGCGCGUUUUAAGGUAGUACAUCAUUCACCUUCUAAAAUGAUCAGCUUGAUAACCAAUUCUUCAAGCUCUUCCUCAAAUCUAAUGUGUAAGGACGCAAGCGCAUCAGAGUCUGCUGGUAAAACUCACAGUGAUUCAACUUCCGAAAUGAGUGGGGCUGAUGGAGGUAUGGCUUUUGAACCGAUUAAUAACUUCCAUGGUGAUAUAAAUGGAGAGCAAGAAUAUUUUACGCCUGUUGAAUUUCAGCACGAAGUCUUCAAGGAAGGUGAUGAGAAUAUCGGCCCUAUGGCCGGCGACACCUCAAGGUCUAGUAACAUCAGGCAAGAAUCUCCAAACAAUGGUAUUCAAAGGACUGCAGUACAGCAAGAGCUGCUAGACGAUCCUCAGUUUAGUUCAUUUCACAUGACAUUUAGCGACAUUGAUGAUAGUCAGAACUCCCCGUAUACUAAGGUGCUACCUGCCGUGUCCACUUAUUCCAAUGCUCCUUGUCAUCCGUCUCUGCAACCGUUGAUGCCACCAGAACCCGUAUUUUACAGGCUUCCUGCGAUUGGAGCUUCUACCGACACAUAUUUCACUUGUGCCGACGACCAGGCAGGAAGAUCGGAGAAUCGUCGACACAGCGUACAACGCUAUGGAUUAGAAGAGGAGGAAGAGGCAAUUUGGGUGUCGCCAAGCAAGCUCGAUAUAUUUGACUUGAGCAAGCUGCCAGAAGCGGUAUUCUCCAAAAUAAAACCAGCGAAGGACAACAUUUCAGGCCCAAGCCGAAUUCAGGUAUCACCAUCCUAUGUAGACGAUACAGACGUUCUACCAGAUUUUUCCUAUGCUUACCUUGGUGACCUAUUGUCUCAUGACGAACAGGAGGACAAGAAUCUAGACGACAGCGAACAGUCGGAACGCACCCGACUUCAAUUUUAUUGA